ACAGUUGAAACACAUGAGUCUGACUUGACCUAGAUAUGUAGCACAAGCUUGGAAAGCGCAGGAAAUCCCCGGCCCCUUUACCCCUCCCCCAGGGGCGGAAAUCGACGAGGAAAAAUGAGUAUGGCAUUUACACCAAAUGCUCAUAUAUGUUGCAGCUCACCAUCAGCAGCCUCGUGACUCGUAUCUUGCUAUUCUGCACAACCGAAGAGGCCAAGCCUCUUCUACCUAAAGUGCUGUCCGUUGAAAAAGCAUCCCAGGGCAUAUACAAGUUCUUCCUGGUGGAAGAUCACGUGACAGAAGCCCCUGAAGACCCCCGCGAUAGUGCUAGCAUGUUCAGGUCAGAGUUGAACACCGAAGAAAGUUUUGAGACGGAGUUCAUCAACGCAUCCGAGGAGGAUUGCCAGGACUGGGCAGUUCAGCGGAUGGCGCGGUUCCAAUUCAUCGAGCAAGACAUCAUUGCUAUCUUGGACAAGGAGUCUGUCGCUCACGAGUCUGUCGCUCACGAGUCCGUCUUGGUCAAGUACCACUACCAACAUCUUCACGAACUUCAUUCAGCUCUACUAAAUAUGGCGCCCGAUGUUGUCUAUCCGAUAUAUUUUGGACGCAAGGAGGAACUCACGGACGAGAAUGGGAUCUUUGAUGUUGAGAGGGCUAUGAAGUUGAGCACUGACCCUUGCGACGACGACGGUGUUGAAGAAAGAAGUGAAUAACUACCUAGAUUAGUGGAAGGACAAGACUGGGAUAACUAUGUCUAUUUCCAAGACAAUGCCAGAUCGCAUAUGUACGAUUUACCUACAUAAUACUAAAGCUUCAAGCUUCAAGCUUCAAGUAGUUCAAGCUUCUCAUUGGACAAUUAAUCGCUACAGGCAGGUGCCG